AUGUCUGACCCCCAUACACAAAUGCUGGAGGACCACUGUGCGCAAGCCGCGCCUGCUGAAGGAGCGAGCGGCACCGCCCCGCCGCCCCCGUUUCCCGGGCGCGCCCCCGCGCCCAGCGCGCAGCCGCACUGCUCCAAAACAGUUUCUUGCUCACGUCGGAGAAGCCGCUUCCGUUUCCAACGCCGCAUUCCGGCCACACCUGCCGGUACCCGAGCCCCGCUCGCUCCGCCGCCCGCCCGGCCCGCCCGAGGAGGACGCCGCGCUCAGCCGCCCCAGCAAGCCAUGUCUGAGGAGGAUUAUUUGUGUGUGAAGACUGAGGAGGAGGAUGAAGCACUGAUUGUGGACCAUGGAGGCAGCGGGCUGUCCACACAAAGCUGCAUGCCAGUGCAGCAGAACUCUGAAGCAAACAGUGCUGUUCACCACAUGAGUCAACUUGCCUAUGGAAGUGAAGGCUUGCCAGUGCUUGCUGAUCAAACAGCCUCACAAAUGGGCCAUUCUGCAAUGAUGCAGAGAGGAAAUGGUCACAGCCCUGAAAAAACGGAUUUUGUGUUUUUGCGUAAUAAAAGAAAGCGACUUUCUCCUGCUGUAGUGGAGCACAAUGUGAUGAGAACCAGGGAAGAAGAAUAUGAAGACAGUGACAGUGUCAUUUAUGAGUAUGAACCAGACUAUGAAUGUGAAAGCAUUUUAUCUGAAGCUUCUUACACUGGAUAUCAACAGAAUCCUCUUAUGGAGGUCCUCAGUUAUUGCCAGGCCAUGUAUGAUGCCAUUCAGAAGCUGGAUAAAAAAUUUGACCUGCUUCAUCGUAAGGUCUCAGAAAUGCAGCAUACAUGUAUAAAGCCGUUCUUGAUCAAACCUAAACCAGUUGGAUUUACAUACAGAAGUUCCAGUCAUUUGCCUUCAGGAAAAAUAAGAGUACCAAAACACAUGGAAAGAGAUUUAAGUCUUCAUCGUUCUUCAUCAGGCCAGGGAAGGCAUAGCCCAGUUGUAAGGGUUGCUUUACCAAAUGGCCACGUUCAAGUAAAUUCCAAGGUAAAACAUGCCCCGCAGAGUUUUCAGCUCGAAUCUCAGCAGCCUGUUGGAAGGCAGAGCCCACCACUCCCCACUAUAGUUUCUACACAUUCGUUACAUUCAUCAUACACAGCAACUAAUGGGAUGCCUGACCUUUCACCACAAUCAAAUCUUGCUCCCAGUAUUGUGGAAAGUACUGUCAACAUUGCAUCUUCACCUGUGGCAUCACCAUCGAUGCCAGCACCAUCUGAGCCCAGUCAGGAGAAUAACGCUGUAGAGUUGAACUACAAAAAUGCAUCUGAGGAUGUGAAUAUUAGUGAAGAACUGCCAUCUUCUUCAGUCUUCAUCAAUCCUAGCUUUGAGUUUGUUGGUGACCCAGCAAGAAAUGUGAAAGUUCUUGGAAACCAUUUGGUGAAGGCUCGGCAAAAGACUAAACCCAAGUACGCAGCGCGCCACUUGGUUCGUAUCUUGUUCCCCAAGAAAACUUUACUGUGCAGCGUUAUGGGAGCGAGUGCACGAGGGCGCAGGACGCUGGAUCCAAACAAGAUUGCUGCAAUAAGAGAGUUUCUUGCAACUAACUUUCCAACCUAUGAUUUGAGUGAGCGUGGAAAAGACUGGAAAACCUGUAUCACAAAUGUCAAUUCUAUGAUCCGCUCCUUACGCUCCGAAACCAAAGCAAAGCAGAAAACUGAGGGGAAAGAAGAAGUGUCUGAUGCUCCUGAUACAUCUCAUUGUGUAGAUUUAAAUCAUAAUGAAGAUAGUGGUGACAAUUCGCAAAAUUCUCAGAAAAUGACUGGCUCCACAAUUGACAUGUUGCAGAAUUCAGAAUUGGAUAAGUUUCCAGAAGCUUUCCACACAUCUCCAGUCAGAAAACAACAGUCUUUGGAACCUAUGGAACCCCUUGGGAGCCCAUGGCGCAAUGUUCAGUUGCCUUUCUCGGUCAUUUAUGUCGCCAAGGGGAAGACGCGGCCAGAGCUGUCAGCUCGCUUCCUGAUUCGUCACAUGUUUCCUGAAGAGGUGCUGGUGAAAAGCAAUGUGUAUGGUAGUCUUGAUCGUGGCAUGAGCCCACUGGAUUCCAAUAAAAUUAAUGCUCUCAGAGACUUUCUUCAAGAGAAUUUUCCAUCCUUUGAUCUCAAUGAAAGUGGAUUUGAUUGGAAGGCGUGCGUGGCUGCCAUAAACAGCACAAUCCGCAGCCUCAGACACGAGCUCAAAAAGGCCACGACUGGAACGCGCCAGAGAGCCCCGAGUGCGGAGUCCCCCAGAGGAUCCCACAGCCGUAAAGGCAGCGGAAAGCAUCUCGCAGAUUGAAGCUCUCUAGCAGCUGCCUCAAAUCUUAAUUUAGCAGGUUUUUAUUCAUUCUGUGUAGAAGCCUGUAACAUCGAGCUGUCCUAUUCAACUGAGUUGUCAGCAGCACUAAAUAGCAUCACUUCAUGAGAUCAAAAUUAGCAGAAGGCUUGGGAGCCCUAACUCUUUGCACAGGUAGUGUUUGUGCUCCUCAGAAAUUAUUUUCAGUGUUCCCUGUAGCAUUUGCAAUGUGCUCUCUCCUAAAAGCAUCUUCUUCUCAUGAUUCAUUGAAUCUGAAAAAUUAAUCUGGUUAGAAAAGAUGCACUGUGCAUCAGUUCAGCAGAAGCAGAUGGAAAAGAGGAGAGGAAAGAGUGGUCCUCCUUGGAGGGUGAAUCACAGCCAGCUAAAUUAUCUCAUUAUGUAUGAGGAAUGAAAUUUGCUUUGACAAUUUAAUAUCUUCAGUGAAAAUAUCGGAAAGGAGAAAAUAUUUUUAAUUGCAUUUAGGUAACCUGUCGUAUCUGGACUUGAUGAUCUUCUUUUCCAACCUUAAUGAUUGUAUGAUCUCUCACAUUUUUGCCUCCUAUAUCAGUGUUUUUUGCAGGGUAAGAGGCAAACAACAAUGUAAGUACAUCUGGUAAUGUAUGGGGGAAUGAUGCCUUAAGUUUUAGCUUUCAUAUUUUCCAGAUUCUGUACUGCAUUAGUACAUAACUUUGAACUUCAUAUAAAGUGUUAGCAGGUUCUCUUCACAGUUCUUAGACUGUGAAGAGACAAAACAGUCCUUUUCCAGCCAAGAACCAAGGACACCAUCACAACUUCAGGCCCAAAAAGUAUAAACAGCAGUGAAUUGAGGAGAGCAAUCUGGGAAGAUGGGACUUCAUAACCUGAAGCUGUAAUUGGACAGUUAACCCCAGUAUGUAAAUGGACCAAAACUUAUAAAAGUGUGAAAACUCAUUACCCAUCAUCCAUCUUGGGUGCAGCCUCAGCCAGGCUCUUGUUCUGCCCAAGGUGUAUUCUUUGAAGGCCAUUUCAUAAAUACCUACUUUAUUCCUUUAACAUUGUCUAGCCUCUGUUCUAGGUAGCCUCUCAAGACAUCAGUUAUACUGCUCUGCACUGAUUUUGCUCUACUAAAAGGACAAAAAAAAACACAGUUCAAUGGUUGGUUCUGAUUUUUUGUAAUGAAAUUGAAGGAAAAUACUUCUUCAGAGUCCUGAACUUCACCAUCUCAUGGUUACUGUGGCUAAGGCUUCAAAAUUUUAGCAAAUCCCUUGUUAUAGGUGUAAGAGGCCCAGAAAAGCACCUGUCAAUCAUAAAUGUUUGUGCCCUUGCCUUUCCUUUGUGUCUACGCAAGACUAAGAUUUAUUAGUGCAUUGUUACAUAUUUUUAAAAAAUAGCAAACUAACUAAUUUUAACAAACUAAUUUUCAAAAUCACUUGGAUGUUGAACUUUUAAAAAUAAAGAAUUAAUUACCAUAUAUAUUCAAUUUCACAUCUCGCUCAGUUUAAUUUGUAAGUUAGAAUUCAACAACAGUAACUGUACGGAAGUGAAUGGGGUUUUUUGUUGGGUAGUUUCUUUGUUAUUUGAGGUUUGUUUGUUUGUUUGUUUUCAAAAAAGGAAGUAAUCAUAGAAUCAUGAAAUAUGCUGAGUUGUAAGUGACAUAUCAGGAUCAUCAAGUCCAACUCCUGACAGUGCAUAGGAUCAUCCCCAAAAAUGACACCAUGUGCCUGAGAGCAUUGUUCUUGAACUCUGUCAGGCUUGGUGAUGUGACCACUUCCCUGGGAACCUUUGCUAGUGCUCACCUACCCACUGAGUGAAGAACCUUUUCCUGAUAUCCAACCCAAACCUCCCCUGCUACACCUUCAGGCCAUUCCCUGGGGUCCUGUCACUGCUCAUAAGAGGGAAGAGAUCAGUACCUGCCCCUCCUCUUCCCCUUGGGAGGAUGCUGAAGACCACAAUGAGGUCUCCCCUCAGUCUCUUCCAGUCUGGCAAAAACCAAGUGACUUCAGCUGCUCCUCAUACAGCUUCUCCUCCAGACCCUUCACCAUCCUCAUGGCCCUCCCCUGGACACUCUCGAAUAGCUGAAUGUGUUUCUUAUAUUGUGGUGCCUAAAACUGCCCCCAGCGCUUGAGGUGAGGCUGCCUAAGUGCAGAGCAGAGCAGGACAAUCCCCUCCCUCUCCCAGCUGGCAGUGCUGUGCCUGAUGCCCCCCAAGACUCGGCUAACCCUCCUGGCUGACUGAGCAUUCCUGACUGAUACUCAAGGUGCCAUCAACCAGGACCUCCAGGACCCUUUCCAUAGCUGCUCUCCAGCUUCUCAUUCCCCAGCUGAUGCAUGCAGCCAGGGUUGCCCGUGUUCCAGGUGCAGAGCCCAGCCCUGGCCCUUGUUGCACUCCUUGCAGUUGGUGUAACCCUUUCUGUUCUGUGUUUUCCAGCAUUGGUCACACAGUCCUUGCAGUGUCUGCACUGGCUGACUCUGUGUGAGCUUGCCUUGCUGCUUGUGUGGGUCUGAGUGCAGUCUCAGAGGUCCAAUUUCUUCACAGAAGGAAACUUCUUGGAAGACUGGCAUAGGGAGUGGAUUUUACCUCUGAGAGUUGUGGAAACUGUGGCUUCCAAAAUAACACCUGUACAUAGCAGAAUUAGAUUUAAAUAAAUCUGUCCUCUCCAAGGCAAAGGUUUCAUAGUUCAUUUGUUAGUAAUAGGGUAAAACAGUGAAUUUACUCAUUCUUACUUCAACUUCUGUUCAUAACGGACAGUCUUUGUUGUACAGGGUAUAGGACCAGAUUUUUAAUUGCAACUUAGGAUAUGCAAUGGCCUUAUAAAUGUGAAAUCAGUUGGUAAUUUAAGUUCCUUCUGCCACCACCUUGCAGAAGUCCUCUGUAGGAUUCAAGAAACAGACUGAAUUUCUGAUUUUGUUUUCUUGGUAGAAAUGUUGUACUGCAAAUUUGGUGGUUCUGGUGUACUAUUAACAAACUCUUCUGUUACUUGCUAUACAGUCCUUGUUGUAAAUGCCAAGAACUUUGUUGUGUAUAGAUAUUACUAGUUCCAAACCUCAGAAAAAGACAAAAAUGCUUAUAUUUUUUCAGUAGUUUUAUGAAUUGUUUUCACUGCCCUUCACAGAUUUUAAUGGUGGAAGGAUAUAUUUAUUGAAUGACGUGUCUGGCACUGAAAUCUGUUAAGUGUGGUGCAUACUUAUAGCUUCCAACUUGAAAAGAAAAUUGAAUUGAAGUAGAAAUAGUUUUCUUGGUUUUGUUUCAAAUGUAUGAAGUUUUGCUAACUUUUAUAAAGUACAAUUAAAGUAUUUUGCUGUUAGGAAUGAAGUAUUUUACAAAUAAAACUGCCGUAUAGCUCUUUGACUACGUAUGUGUGUUUCAAGUAUUUCUUGCAUCAUCAAUCUAUAGUUCAAGUACAGUUUCAUCUGAAAAGAUUCUUCUGAUGUCCUUUGAAGAAUCAGAACUUUAAGAGAUCUUCUGAUUGAGGUUAGAUGAUUUUGAAAUUUAGACUGCAUUAAUUGUAAACCAAAGCAAACUCUUCUGGACUUGACCUGUCAGUUACCGCUGUGUGCAAGUUAUCCAAAACAGCUUUCCACGAAAGAGUAUGAGUUGUGUAAAAUUUUUAAGACAGUCCUUUAAACUGAUGAAUUAGUAGA